CGCUCUGCGGUCUCCGGAUGUGGACGUGGCACAGCGCUGCAGCAGUUCCGCUGAAUGUCCGCUUCUGAUACCGAGAAGGGAUUAGUGAGAAACACCCCGGGACGACAUCGGCUUCACAGUUUGUCGGUCACCGGGUUUCAACCGUUUACCCCAAACAGAGGGCAGCCUUACUAUUUACAUCACUUCGGAGAUUUAGGGAUGAACUGAGGAUGAAUGUAAACCAGCACACUCCAAUGGCCUCCCCAUACGGCCAGCCCCAGCCUGGUUACGGCCAGCCCGGCUACGCUCCCCUGGAUGGGGGAUACCCUGCACCUUACGCAUCUUAUGCACCCUACAACGGGCCUGCUUCAGCCUACCAGCCCGGGGCUCCACCACAAGGUUAUUCUCCUUUCACAAGUUUUCCCUCUAAGGCUGUGACUGCCAACCCAGUCUCUGACCUCUCCUCUCCUCUUGACUUAGGUCCUGCUAGGGGUCCUCCCGCCUCAGGAGCCCCUCCAGUCUCAGCGCCUCAACCAUAUAGUCAGUACAGUCACAGUCAAGGGGACAUGCAGAAUGGACCCCCACCUAUGACGCAGGCACCACCCAGGCCUCCUGCGUCUCAGCCAUUCAACCAGGGAGCUGUGAACAUGCCAGGGCCCCAACCCUCCUUUCCCCAACAAUACGGGGCCCCACCCUCGAUGCAGCAGGUCACUAACCAGAUGACAGGGAUGCAGAUCACCUCUGGACCACCGACCCCUGCAGGGCCAGUAUAUGCUCCACCUCACAGCUCACAGCCUCCUGCCAGUACUGCCUACUCACCCGCACCUCCACCCUCUUACACCCAAGCCCCUCCCCCUGCGUCCUCUGCUCCGACCCAACCUCCACCUCCCAGUGGCCCUGCAGCUUCUCAGCAAUACUAUGGAGGCCCACCACCUCCUUCUCUACAGCCAUUCAACUCUUCGCUUCCCCCUACCUCUCAGCAGCAGUUCACCUCUCCUGCACCGCCACCUCCUUCCUCUCAGCAAAACUUUCCUCCCUCCUCCUACGCGGGACCAGCGCCUCCACCCAACCAAGCACCUGCUCCCCCAGUCUCCCAGCCACAGCAGUCCUUCCCUCCAGCCCAGCCCCCUUUCUCCUCAGCACCUCCACCCGUCAGUCAGCCUGCCUUCGUCUCUGCUCCGCCUCCCCAUUCCCAGGGCUCCUUCCCACCUAGAGCGCCCCCUCCUUCCUCUCAGCCUGGGUCUUUUCCUCCUCCUGGUCCUCCCCCAACCUCAGUGGCCUCUGGCCAGUACCCAGGUCCCAUGCCACCACAACAGCAGCCCCCUCCAUCCCAGCCAUCCCCCUACCACUCAGGCCCCCCUCCUCCCAGAGCUCAGAUGCCUCCCACUUCCAUGGCUCAGAGUAACCACCUGCCUCCAGGACCACAGGGCCCACCAGGACCUCCUGGGCCCAUGCAGCAGCCUCCAACUCAGCCUGGCAUGCAGGGAGGAUACCCUCCUCAGCAGAAUGGUGCAUUUGGGCAGGUGAGAGGCCCUCAGCCUGGCUAUGCAGGCCCUUAUCCCGGGCAACCAAAUUACGGAGCCCCAGCACCAGCACCGGCUCCUGCUCCUGCUGCACAGAAAAGACUUGACCCAGAUGCCAUUCCUAGCCCGCAAGCGUCUGACAUGCCGGCUGUGCAGAAAUCAAGACAUAGAAUAGAUCCAGACGCUAUCCCCAGCCCAAUCCAGGUAAUAGAGGACGACAGGGCUAAGAGCACUGAGGCAUUCACCACAGGGGUCAGAGGUCAGGUCCCACCGCUGGUCACCACCAACUUCCAGGCCAAAGACCAAGGGAACGCCAGUCCCAGGUUUGUCCGCUGUACGGCCUACAAUAUGCCUUGCACAGCCGACAUGGCCAAGCAGUCUCAGGUGCCUCUGGCCGCCGUCAUCAAGCCGCUCGCUACGCUGCCGCCAGAUGAGAUCCCUCCAUACCUGGUGGACCACGGCGAGGGCGGUCCGAUCCGCUGCAACCGCUGCAAGGCCUACAUGUGUCCAUACAUGCAGUUCAUUGAGGGAGGUCGCCGCUUCCAGUGUGGCUUUUGCAGCUGCGUCACAGAGGUGCCUCCACAUUACUUCCAGCAUCUGGACCACACUGGUAAGAGGGUGGACUGCUACGACAGGCCGGAGCUUUCUCUGGGCAGCUAUGAGUUCCUGGCCACUGUUGACUACUGUAAGAACAACAAGAUUCCUCAGCCUCCAGCCUUCAUCUUCCUUAUCGACGUGUCCUACAACGCUGUGAAGAGCGGCAUGGUCAACAUUGUCUGCCAGGAACUCAAGACCCUCCUAGACUACCUGCCCAGGGAAAACCCAGAAAUGGAGUCCGUGGUGCGGGUGGGUUUUGUCACCUACAACAAGGUUUUGCACUUCUACAACGUCAAGUCGAGCCUGGCUCAGCCCCAGAUGUUGGUGGUGUCAGACGUAUCGGACAUGUUUGUUCCGCUGCUCGACGGCUUCCUGGUCAACGUAAAUGACAGCCGGCUAGUUAUCGAGAGUUUGCUGGACCAGAUCCCAGAGAUGUUUGCAGACACCAGGGAGACGGAGACGGUCUUUGGACCGGUCAUCCAGGCAGGACUGGAGGCACUCAAGGCUGCAGACUGUUCAGGGAAGCUGUUUGUGUUUCACACCUCUCUGCCCAUCGCAGAGGCUCCUGGAAAACUAAAGAACAGAGAAGACAAGAAGCUGGUUGGCACAGAUAAAGAGAAGUCUCUCUUUCAGCCUCAGGUGGGUUUCUACAACACCCUGGCUAAGGAGUGUGUAGCACAGGGCUGUUGUGUGGAUCUCUUCCUCUUCCCCAACCAGUAUGUGGACGUUGCCACGUUAGGGGUGGUUCCUGUCUCCACUGGAGGUUCUGUCUACAAAUACACCUACUUCCAGGCUCAGUCGGACAAGGAGCGAUUCUUGAACGACCUCAGACGAGACGUUCAGAAACUCGUAGGCUUUGAUGCGGUCAUGAGGGUGCGAACCAGCACAGGUAUCAGAGCGACAGACUUCUUCGGCUCCUUCUUCAUGAGUAACACCACAGACGUGGAGCUGGCCGGCCUCGACUGUGACAAGGCCAUCACAGUCGAGUUCAAACACGAUGACAAGCUCAGCGAGGAGACGGGGGCACUGAUGCAGUGCGCCGUGCUGUACACCAGCUGCAGCGGCCAAAGGCGUCUCCGUGUCCACAACAUGGCGGUCAACUGCUGCUCUCAGCUGGCCGACCUCUACCGCAACUGUGAGACCGACACAAUCAUCAACUUCUUCUCCAAAUACGCUUUCCGAGGCCUCCUGAACAACAACACUAAGGCAGUUAGAGACACUCUGGUCAACCAGUGUGCUCAGAUUCUGGCCUGCUACCGAAAGAACUGUGCAAGUCCCUCGUCAGCUGGUCAGCUGAUCCUCCCAGAGUGCAUGAAGCUGCUGCCCGUCUACCUGAACUGUGUGCUGAAGAGCGACGUGCUGCUGCCGGGAGCCGACGUCUCGUUGGACGACCGGGCUUACCUGAGGCAGCUGAUCAGCUGCAUGGACGUCUCAGAGACCCAUGUCUUCUUCUACCCCCGCCUGCUGCCACUGACCAAGUUGGAAAGCGGCUCGUUGCCCGUGGCGGUGAGGGACUCGGAGGAGAGGCUGUCUAAAGGCGGCAUUUACAUCCUGGAGACGGGACUCCACCUCUUCCUGUGGGUGGGUGCCAGUGUCCAGCAGGAGCUGCUGGUCAACAUCUUCGGCACGCCGAGCUUCAGCCAGAUAGAACCGAGCUUGGCAAGUCUGCCAGAGCUGGAUAACCCCUUCUCUCAGAGACUCCGAGAGAUCAUCGAAUCCUUCAGAGCACAGCGAUCACGAUACAUGAAGCUGAUGGUGGUGAAACAGGAGGACAGGGCUGAGCUGAUAUUCAGGCACUUCCUGGUGGAGGACAAGAGCGCCAGCGGGGGAGCGUCAUACGUGGACUUCUUGUGUCACAUGCACAAGGAGAUCCGCCAGCUUCUGAGCUAGGCCUACAGACACCCACCUCCACCUGUAUGACCCAAACACGAAAGAAAGCGCUUUACCUUUUUUUUUUUUUUAACCUAUUAAACUAAAGCUCUCCUUGCUGUCUGUCAAGCUGAGAGAUCAGCUUACAGAUCUCGUUGUAUGUGUGUGUGUUUGUUGGUGCGAGUGCGUGUGUGUCUGCGAGAAAGAGAGAGUCUGAUGUUAAUAGAGCUUUACUCUGCCUCAAAUCUACUGCUCCAACACAGCGGGAGCAAAAUAACUGACGAGGGAGAGUAAUGUAUAUACACAAGUGAACAAUUAUGUAUGCAACAGACUGAGCGAGUGACGGAGACGGCGGAUGUUGACUGUAGUCGUGUACUGUCUGUAUUACGAGCACUGAAAAGGCUGUUUUGGGUGCAUUAAUGACCCUUAGAUAGCAAACACUUUUUAUAUGAUUGAAUCCCAAUAGAGUGAAGGACAUCUACAUACCAAGACAUAAAUGGAAUUAAAUAAAUGCUGUUCUCUCUGUCUCUUCUCCCCUUUAAUCAUGGCCUUAGUACCCCCCUCCCCAUGCUGCUCCAAUCAUCCAUGUGUGUGUGCGCCUGUGUGUAUGUUUUUCCAGAAAGAUGUGAGAGGAUUAGUUGCCCACUGCCCAAUUCUUAUUUCCUGGUGAGUCUCCAGGCCUGAGCAUCCAAAUUUAAGGCUAAAUUAUCAGCUCAAGAAGAGCCUGAUUACCUUUUUACCUGCAGAAGGCAAUAGAGACGUAUCUUGAAAUGUAAAAUCUGUUUUUAGUGUCCACAGGUGAGCAGAAAAUAAAGGUGCACAUGGCUGCUGUUAUUACAGUUUUUGGUUUGAUCCAGAUUUGUUAAAAUUGGCGAACAUCUGGCUCAGGUGUUUGGUCACUGAUGCACCAGAUGUGCAAUUCAACUUGCUGUCGUGAUUCUGUUACAAGAGGACGCUUUCAUUAGUUCAAAGUCUAUGCAGCAGAGAGAGACAAAAUAAAAUGAGAAAUGAAUGACGGGUGUGAACUUUUGAUCUGAGCAUCACAGCGAUUGGAAAUCCUCCCCAUGAUUAGCUUCUGUGGAUGAUUCUGUCUGUUGAUCAUUUGUAGUGCUGCAGACUUUAUAUUAAUCAGUUGUUCUGAUGUCCAAAAUUGUAUUUUUGAAGAAGAAAAAAAGCAAUUUCCAGCAGACAGAAAUGAGCACAGAACGACAGCGGAUAAAUGGACAUCAGUUAAUGUCUGCAAAUUUUGUCUCCGCACUGACGGUGUUCAGUGUGUAAAUAAAAUAUAUAAUCUGUACAGAAUAAAUAGAAAAUAACAAUUUUAAAGACCUGCCUGAACAGCUGUGGUUUGUUGAUGGUUGGUUUCUCUGUCACAAAUAGCCGAAAUAUAAAAUCAUGGCUUUUACUGAAGAGAGGAAGAUGCCUUGACUGGCUUUUUGAUAUGUUUGUGUAUGUGUGAGUGCAAGGUGAAGGUGUGCAUGUGUGUGUGAAUAUGGGGUCGGUCCUGGUGAAUUUCUGCAGAGGAACAGAGGGAUCUGCCAACACACACAUACACACACACUAACCCAGAGAUUAAAUUCAGUCUUCAUUUAUUAUUUUCUGUUCCUUUUUAACAAUGUGACUUUGUGUUUGUUUGGUGUGUGUGUAGCCCUCUGUUCCGUCUUUAUGUUCACUGACUCUGAUUGGCCCACCGUCUUGACUGUAAUCUUAAUUUCUGUUCCUUUUUAUUUUCUUUGAUUUGUUUCUUUUUUCAUUGCCUCUUGGGACUGCUAAUAAAAUGAUUGUUAAAAGUGAAACUCAA